AUGUUAAUCACAUUUGAUGAUAUCAAGAAGAUAGAUUUCUAUGAGAUUUCUAGUUUAUUAUUAUUAUAUUGGGAUAUUGAAAAAUCAUCUUCCCAAGGCCCAGGAUUUUUCCUUUUAGCCGAAAAUGAUAAGGAUUAUGUUUACAUAAUCCAAUUUGAUAUUGUUUUUUACAAUGAAUCAUUUCCGAUUCGCAGAUUUUGUUUAACAACUAUACCUAUCAACAGUGAAUUAUUCAGUUUGAAAUAUCCUGAAACAUCGAUCAUAUUUAUUGAGUUGCAAACACAAGAAGAACUUUUAUUAAAAUUUGCAGAAUUAUUUGCUAAACUAUUAAAUAUUGAUGAACAAUUUACUGGACUCUUAACUAAGACAAAAACUGAUCUCCAGUUCAAUAUACAUCAAGUAACUGUACGAGUUGUUGAUCAUAAUAUUGAAAAAGAGGAUCAAAAAUAUGGAUAUGCAGGCAUUAACAUGAACAAUCGAAGUAUAAAAAUAUCAUCAACUGAAAAUAUGCAAUGUGAAUUCAUGCGAGCACCAGGAACAGUGUUUCUUGAUUUUCUUGUUUGGGCCAAAAAAACAUUCCAAACUGAGAUUACCAACAUUUUGGAUGCAGUAUUAAAAUAUUGUGGCCUUUCUGGAAAAAUUGAUCUUCCAUAUAUUCCUAUCAAAAACAGUGUUGAUAUGCGAUGCAUGUUUGUUUAUGUAAAUGUGAUAAAGUUUAAAAACAACAAACAAAUAUUAAACAAAUUAUCUGAACAAUUGUCAAAAAUGAUUAACAUUUCUGUUCCGAUUUGUUUAAGUGCAUUUCAUGUUUCUGAAUCAGUUUUAGAGGAUUAUGCGAUCGAGAUUGGAUGUUUAGUAUGGAAUUUAAUUUGUAGAUAUGCAUCUCGAGAAAAUAUUUUGGUAUCAUCACGUCACAAAGGAACUGUUCAGCAAGGAAAAUAUGAAGGAGCUUUAGUAAUUCCUCCUGUCAAAAAUAAUAAACGUCCUACUGCAGAUGUAGAUUUCACAUCUUAUUAUCCAAAUUCUAUUAUUCAGAACAAUAUAUCUUUAAAAACACAUGUGUCAAAAGAAUCAACAGAUUCUUCUUUAAAUGUUGUAAUUGAUAAUGAUACCAUAUAUGGCAAAUUUCUUCCUCACAACGGUGAUGUAAACAAGAUAGAAAUCAUGCCUCAUAUGUAUCUUACAAAACAUCGUUAUUACACAUCAUUAUCAGAUGCAUUAAAAGUAUUUGCAAAUUCAGUCUAUGGUGAAACAGGAUACAGAUAUUCAUCAUUGUAUCAUGAAGAAGUUGCAUCAUCAGUUACAGCAUUUUGUCGAGCAAUAUUACAAGUAAUAAUAAAUUUUGUACGAGAGCAAGGUUUCAUAGUUAUAUAUAGAGACACAGAUUCGAUAUUUUAUUCAUUACCAGAAUCUUAUUUUAUUGAAUUAGAUUUGAAAUAUUCUAAUAGACUGUUAACCAAAAAAGAAUAUUGGGAAGAACAAAUUAAAUUAACAAUACAACAUUUCCAAAAAUUAGAAAAAAAUAUUAAUGAUUUUUUACAACAAAUAAUGAAAUCCUCGUAUCUCAAAAUGGCAUACGAGAAAACAUUGUUCCCUUUUCUGAUUUUUGAGAAAAAACAUUAUAUUGGAAUCAAACAUUUUUACAAACCAGAUCUUGACAAUUUAAAAUUAUUGUUAAAAGGUUUAAAAAUAGUUAAACGCAAUGUAUCUGAAUUUUACAAGAUCAUUGCUAAAGAAUUAAUAUAUUCAUUACUCGGCUUUAACAAAGAUUUUUCAAUUCAUUUAGAAGAAAUAGAUCGAAAGGAACUAGUCUUACAAAUAAUCACAGAAUAUGUAAACAAAAAAGAAACGAUGCUUGAUUUAUUUGUACUCAUUGCAAAAUAUGAUCUGACAUAUGCAGCAGUUUCAGCAAAAGAUUUUGCUAAAACUCUUGAUCAUCAUCUUUAUUCUAAUGAAGAACGUGCUUCUAUACUUGCACAAGUUUUUCUAUCAGCAACAAAGAAAGGAAACAAGAUAGUAUUUAAUUUUAUAUUCAAAUUGGAAGAACCGAUUGAAUCAGGUCAUUUUUUCUAUUACAUUGUAACAAAACCAGGCAAAUCUAGCAUUUCAGACAAAAUGAUCUUAAUCAAAAAGUUUGAUCCUAAAAGGAACACAAUUGAUAUUAUACAUUAUUUUUACAGUUUACGAGACAUAGUUGCAUAUCUCUUAGGAUGUAAAGAAAAACAAGCUUUACAAAAAAUCAAGGAAAUAUUUGAUGCUGACGAAUUGAGAAAACAACAAAAGAUAACAGAAUUUUUUGUUAAUGACACUCAACAAAAGAUAACUGAAUUUGCUAAAGUUACACCUAUCUAA